AUGUUUUACGUUCAUGUAAUUGUUGAAGAACCUCCUAAAGUUUUAUACGAAUCUGCAGUUAAUAUUACUCACAUUAUAAAUACUGGAACUUUUAAGGACUUACUUUUUGAAAUAGCUAGCAAUCAAUUUUUGGAGAGAAAUGUUCUUGUUUUUGGCCGUGAGAAAAAAGAUAGCAAUUGGAUAUUGUUGCAAGACGGAUUAACUGAUUAUUUGCAAGCAUUAGUCCAGUUAAACUUUAAAAUGGUCAAAUUUUUACUUGAAUCCAUAACACACAAAAGAUUUUGCCUUCAUCUAUUGAUGCAAUUUCUCCGUGAUCGUUUAUAUAAUGAGCUUAUUGAUCUCUUUGAAGAAAAAGGUGUGGGAUGGUUUAGUGGAAUUCAAGAUACUAAAGGCAAAAUAUUUAUAGAGCAUCUUUCAACUAAAUCUCAUUACAAUACUUUUUAUUUUACCUCUCAUCAUAAAAAAGAAAAACUUUCUCAACAAACAUUAAUUGAACAUUGUAAAUUGUUAGAAUACAGUAUGAGUGAAAUAUGGGCAAGUGAAAAUUGCUGGGAUGAAAUUGUUCCUGAGGCUUUUAGUCUUACUACUGCAAUGCGAAAAUAUGCAGAACAUUUGCAAAAGUCUGCUCAACUUACCUAUAAUGCACGUCAUUCUACUACAGUAGUUCGUACACCUAACAAAGAUAGCAAAUUAAUAAUAAUUCCAGGAGUUUUAAAUAUUAACUCUAAAUAUAAAGCUUUAGAAAUAUUUUUUAUUGAAAAAGAUUUAUAUGAAUUUAUUGAAAUUUCUGAAUUUCUUCCUUCAGAAAGGGUUGAGCAUCAUCGAUGGAUUGUGGAAUUAAGAUUAUCAUUCCCUAUUUAUUUAAAUCAUUAUGCAUCUUUUAAUUCUAAAUAUGGCACUGAAACUAAUGAAAGCUAUUGUCCAUCUUUGUUAUUAAAUCAAGAAGAGCAAGAAUGUGGUUCUAAUGAUGAAUGGUGCCUUGUUCAUGCUGCAGCGGGAGGUGUUGGUAUAGUUACCGUUCAAAUUGCAAAGGAGCUCGAUGCCAAAGUAAUUGCUACUUGUGGUUCAAAUGAUAAACUAGCUAUUGCUAAAAAAUUUGGUGCUGAUUAUGGUGUUAAUUUUAAAGAUAAAAAUUUGCAAAAGCAAGUAUUACAAAUUACUGGUAAACGUGGAGUAGAC